ACCAGGAACGAAAGGGAACUCUAUCUGCCCUCCAGUAACAGCUAUGAAGUUCCUCUCCACAAGAACCCUCCAUCCUCUUGCCUUCUUGGGGCUGCUCCUGGUGACGGCCACUGCCUUCCCCGCCUCGCAAGUCCGGGAAGAAGCUAGCACAGAUGAUACCACCCCCAACAGACCAGCAUAUACCACUCCACAAAAGAUGGAAGGCCUGAUUUCAUAUGUCAUCGGGGAAAUCUCGGAAAUAAGAACUGAGUUGUGUGAUCAUGAUGAGAAUUGCUUGAACAAUGACGAGGCCUUUUUAGCAAACAAUCUGGAGCCUCCAAGGCUAACAAUAAAAGAUGGAUGUUUCCAAACUGGAUACAAUCGGGAAACUUGCCUGUUGAAAGUCACCUCUGGUCUUCUGGAGUACCAGGUCUACCUGGAGUACAUCCAGGGCAAGUUGAAAGAUACUCGGCAAGAAAAAGUCAAAAACGUGCAGGCCAAUGUCAAGACCCUAAUUCGGAUCUUGAAACAAGAGAUAAAAAAUCUGAGUAAAGUCAUCUUCCCUAGCCCAACUGCCAAUGCCAGCCUGCUGGAAAAGCUGGAUACACAGAACGAGUGGCACAAGACCAUGGCCAUCCACUUCAUCCUGCGGCAACUUGAGAAUUUCCUAACGACCACCAUAAGGGCUAUUCGGGAAAACUAAUAUGCUGCUUCUAAGAUUAUCAGUUCAUGGGCAUUCCUUCUUAUGGUCAGAAAACAUAUCCUGUCACUGGGUACCUACCUGAUAUUGUUCUCUACGAAGAACUGACCGUAUGAACGUUAGGACACUAUUUUAAUUAUUUUUAAUUUAUUGAUAAUUUAAAUAUGUAAAUUUUAAGUUAAUUUAUAUGAUUGCUAUUUAUAAUUUUUAUGA